GGUCAGGAAGGUCCCCAGGAGGCGGUCCCUCCUGGAAGCCUGCGGCGGAGUUGGGAGGCUGGGCCGCUAUCUUCCCACAGGGAAUUGAUCCUGGGCUCCUUUGCUCCGUUCCGCCCACGAGGGGACGUGGCUCCGGGGAAGUAAGGCCACGGCGGCUUCGGCUGUGUUUAUUAAUGUCCUAGAGGCGUCAGGCUAGCUUCGUCUUCCCGCCUACCUGGGCGUCCUCCCUACCCGCCCUCCCAUAUGGACUGCUGUGGGAUGUGGGUGACGAGCCCCGAGCCCUGAUGUGAGGUGUCAGCUCUGCGGAAUUACCGAGGACUGUUGUGUGAGCCGAGUGUGAGCCCUGUGCAGCGUGUGCGGUGGAGGGGGAUCGGCUGGGGAUGCUUCCCGAAGGUGAAUUACACUUCAGUGUACUCCAAAUUGUAUGCUACUGAUGGGAACUAUUAAAGUUUAUAAUGUCAGAAACUUUCCUUAGACCAAAGGUUUCUUCCACAAAGGUCACAGACUGGGUAGACCCAUCAUUUGAUGGUUUUUCAGCGACUACUGCCGUCACUACUAUCACUGCUUCAUCUUUAGGUUUGAAUAAUUCAAGUCACAGAAGGAAAAAAUCGCCCUCCACAUUAGACAGUAACAGAUUGCCGACUAGGAAAAGAGGAAAGCUGUUUUCUUUAGAACAGACCUAUGGUGUAGAAACUUCAAAAGAGUAUCUGUCUGAUACUGAGCCGUGGGUGGAUAAAUAUAAACCGGAAACUCAGCAUGAACUUGCUGUGCAUAGAAAGAAAAUUGAAGAGGUUGAAGCCUGGUUAAAAGCUGAAGUCUUAAAAAUGAAGCCAAAACAGGGUGGGUCUAUUUUAUUAAUAACAGGUCCUCCAGGAUGUGGGAAGACAACUACUCUAAAAAUACUAUCAAAGGAGCAUGGGAUCCAAGUACAAGAAUGGGUUAAUCCCGUUUUACCAGACUUCCAAAAAGAUGAUUACAAGGAGUUACUUAAUUUAGAUUCAAAAGUCUACAUGGUUCCAUACCAAUCUCAGACAGCAGUCUUCAAUGACUUUCUGUUAAGAGCCACCAAGUAUAGCAAACUGCAGAUGCUCGGAGAUGAUCUGACAACUGAUAAGAAGAUCAUUCUGGUUGAAGAUUUACCUAACCAGUUUUAUCGGGAUUCUCAUGCCUUACAUGAAAUUCUAAGGAAAUAUGUGCAGAUUGGUCGGUGUCCUCUUGUAUUCAUCAUCUCUGACAGCGUCAGUGGAGAUAACAAUCAGCGGUUACUCUUUCCCAAAAAGAUUCAAGAGGAGUGUUCUAUUUCAAACAUUAGUUUCAACCCAGUGGCACCAACAAUUAUGAUGAAAUUUCUUAAUAGAAUCAUGACUGUAGAAGCUAGUAAGAAUGGAGGAAGAGUUGUUGUUCCUGAUAAAACGUCCCUGGAGUUGCUCUGUCAAGGGUGUUCUGGUGAUAUCCGAAGUGCAAUAAAUAGCCUGCAGUUUUCUUCUUCAAAGGGAGAGAACACUUUAUGGUCAAAGAAAAAAAGAACGUCACUGAAAUCGGAUGCUGCCAUAUCAAAAUCAAAGCAAAGAAAGAAAUGUAAUAGUGCUUUGGAAAAUCAAGAGAUCCAAGCUAUUGGUGGAAAAGAUGUUUCUCUCUUUCUCUUCAGAGCUUUGGGGAAAAUUCUGUACUCUAAAAGAGCACCUUUAACAGAAUCAGACUCACCUCGCUUGCCUGCCCACCUCUCAGAGCAUGAACGGGACACCUUACUUGUUCAGCCCGAGGAAAUAGUAGAAAUGUCACAUAUGCCAGGAGACUUUUUUAAUUUAUACCUUCACCAAAACUACAUAGAUUUCUUCGUGGAAGUGGAUGAUAUUGUGAGAGCCAGUGAGUUUCUGAGCUUUGCAGAUGUCCUCGGUGGUGACUGGAAUACGCGCUCUUUACUCAGGGAAUAUAGUACAUCUGUAGCUACGAGAGGUGUGAUGCAUUCCAAUAAAUCCCGGGGAUUCGCUCAUUGCCAAGGAGGAGGAUCAAGCUUUCGACCCUUACAUAAGCCUCAGUGGUUCCUAAUACAUAAAAAGUAUCGAGAAAACUGCCUGGCAGCAAAGGCACUCUUCUUUGACUUCUGCCUACCAGCUUUGUGUCUUCAGACUCAGCUCUUGCCGUAUCUUGCUCUGCUGACCAUUCCAAUGCGAAAUAAAGCUCAGAUUUCUUUUAUCCAAGAUAUUGGAAGACUUCCUUUGAAACGAAACUUUGGAAGGUUGAAAAUGGAAGCCCUGACCGAGCGAGAGCUCAUAGAGCCUGACAGUGAGGAUGAGCUCCAGCAUACUGGAGGGCAGCCAGCUGACCCAGAGCCCUGGUCUCUCCCCCUGAGUCAGAACAGCGGGAGUGACCUGCCUGCUAGCCAGCCGCAGCCCUUUUCCUCCAGAGUGGACAUGGAGGAGGAAGAGGAGGAAGACAUCAUAAUAGAGGACUAUGACAGUGAUGGGACAUAGAAAACACCUGUCAAUCAAAGUGCUACUGGAGAGACUUGUUUUCACUCAUUCAGGACUACAGAAAUUGGUACUUGAACAGCAUUAACACACUUCUGGUGAAUGGCAAGCAAUUUGCUAAUUGCUCAGUUCUCAGAGUUCCUUCUAAGCCACUGACCUCAGUCAUCCUGAAGUAAAGCAGGGCUCAAGCACGAAGUCUUUAGUAUUUAUUUAGUCUUGUGAAAGGAUUAGGGAGGAGCGGUCACAGUGUGAAGUAUGGUUCUCAAUGUCCUGCUUAAAUAUCAGAAAAUGUGAAGGAGUAAUCCAGAAUAUAGACUUUAUGGGGUGUUGUAAAUUGAUUUGUAAAACAAUUUAUGAGUAUAAAUAAACUUUGUGCCUUAUUUACAGUUUGCAUCAAGCUUCUCAGAUACCGUUUGGUAUGUUGUACAGUGGAAUAUUUUAGAUACUUCUGGAAAAUAUUUACAUAAUUUAUAUAAGAAUUAAAAUGUUGGCUUUCA